AUGGGGGACUUGCGCGAACUCUUUCUUCGUUUUUCACAACAAGACACAGAGAGUGUCAUAUCCGAUUCAUUUUAUUCCCAUCACAGACAUUUUUUUGUUGUGACGGACACCGGCAAGCCUGUGUUUAGUCGGUACGGCGAUGUGAUGCUCCUCUCGACACUUUUGGGUGCGUUUUCUGCGCUGGUGUCGUUGACGAUGGAAGGCGGGAAUGAGCUUGAAAUUGAAGGGGACACUCGGAAGAUCUUUAUCGACGGGCGAGGGCCCUUUGUAUUUAUAACAGUUGGUCCGAAAGAUGAGACGUUUGCGACACUUCAACAGUUCCACGAAUACUUUGAAAAGACGAUUUAUGUGUACGUCCCAUUACAAUCGUUUUUGGAGAGUUUAGCUGUUAACCCGGCGUACGACUGUCGGCAACUGAUCUAUGAGAAUUCCGUUCAUCUCAAAAUGGCGAUAUAUAAAUAUGGGACGUGGAUGGGAGGGUUAGUAGGUAGUUUGAGUGUUGCGUAUUGUGGGAUUCGCAACGAAGUUAGUGAAGUAAUUAAUAGUGUAAUAGGGGAGGGGAAUGGUGGGAUAAACAGUGAUAUUAUAAUGGUGUUACUCCAUGACGGGAACCAAGUCAUAUGUUGUAAUGGCCGGAAAGGGUUUUGUUUAACUCCGAGUGAUAUGAAUGGAGUCAUCACAUACACAUCGCAUCAUCCUGGUGAUGGAGAAGUUGGGAUGCCUUUAUUAAGUAAGUCGGGGAAGUUGAAGGUGUGGACGGUUGAAUGUGGGAUUUUAAAGUUAGUAGUUAUCUACCAGAAAUUGGACUAUUUUUUAGAAGUCAAAAUCAUCACUGAGAAUUUGAAUCACGAAUUGGACAAAUACUACAACAGCAUCAUCGCUUUUAUUAAUAAUCCACCCGUCCCCGAUUUAUAUACAACACACUAUCUGAUGUUCUACACGUUUAUAUCGGAAAGUUCGGUGUACUCUUCCCCUUUGAGUGGGUUAUAUCAGACGCGAAAAGAUAAGAAACGAUUAUUGAAAAUGUGCCAGAAGAUCUACUUCGAGUGCAAAGACGUCGACGAGAAAAACAAACCCACAACGAAGAGCUGUGUGUUCUCGACAGAAUUGGAGACAGUCACGGCGCUCAACACAAACAAAGGGAUGCUCAUAUGUGUGUAUAACUUUAUUGUAGAUAUCCCCACCGCUAUCAAAUACACCGACGAAGUGAAUAAGUGGAUGAACUACGAAAAUAUCACUUUUAAACAAAUAACGGAAGGUUGA